UUUGGUGCUUCGCUAUCUUCUCCUUCGACAUCGUUUAAAUUCUUACAACCAUCGUUGAACACUUUAAACGACGACGAUCAGAAAACGAGUGUUUAAAAUGUCAAAUUUAAGGAUCUUUAGUUCAACGUCAUUAACGAUGUUCCUGGUUGUCAUUCGAAGUAAUCACUGCCUUCCUAGCGAUCAAAAAAAUCUUACGAAUCCAGAUGAAGAACUGAUAAACACAUUUAUAUCUACAAAUUUAAGAAGAAAAUAUGUAAACGAUCAAGAUUAUCCUGAAAAGAAGAUUUACAAAAUCUCUCAAGCUUGUUUGACAUUAACUAAAAAAGAGGGCCAAUGUAAACAAAUCAACGAAUGCGUACACGACAACAUCUACUUCAAUUUGAAUCAAUUUUUAAAUUAUACUUGUAUUCUUAAUAGCACGAAACUUGGAAUUUGUUGUCCGAAUAAAUCACUAAGUUCAUCUAGUUUGUCACUCGUGGAUAGUUUGCUUGGCCCAUUACCCGCAGUAGCAAGUUUCUAUACCGAAAAGGGAAAUAAUCCAGUUACUGAAGACAGAAGAAAAGGUAGAGGACAUAGAGGAUGUGGAACGAACAUUAAAAGUGGUACUAGAAUCGUAGGUGGACGACCGGCUGAUCCCCGAGAAUGGCCUUGGAUGGCAGCAUUACUUAGAAAAGACGCGAUUCAGUAUUGCGGAGGUGUUCUCAUCACGGACAGACACGUACUCACAGCUGCCCAUUGCGUUCGAAAUUUCAAACCACGAGACAUCCGUGUUAGAUUGGGUGAAUAUGAUUUUACCAGAACCGAUGAAACCAGAGAGUUGGAUUUUGCAGUUGCGGAAAUUAGAGUACAUCAGGAUUUUGAUUCAACUACUUAUGAAAAUGAUAUUGCUAUUAUCAAGAUAUAUCGACCUACGCCAUUCAACAGUUACAUUUGGCCAAUUUGUUUACCACCAAUCGAUCAAACCUUUGAAAACAAGACUGCUUUUGUUACUGGCUGGGGAUCGCAGUAUUAUAGUGGACCAGCUAGUACCGUUCUGAUGGAGGUUGCAGUACCGAUAUGGCCGCAAGAAAUGUGCACUAGGAGCUUUACUCAACGUGUCACGAGGGCUACCAUGUGCGCAGGCGCUUAUGAAGGAGGUCGUGACGCUUGUCAGGGAGAUUCCGGUGGUCCUUUGGUUCAUCAACUAGGUAACGGCAGAUGGGUGAACAUUGGAAUAGUUUCCAGGGGUAUACGUUGUGGUGAGCCUAACAAUCCUGGAAUUUAUACUCGGGUAAACUUUUAUCUCGAUUGGAUAUUCGCGAAUGCAGUAUUUUAAUAAAAUCUUCCUUAAAAUUGUAUGCAGGGAUAAUAAACGAUUAAUUUAUUGUCCUAUGUGCAUCAGAUCAAUGAUAAUUAUUUUUAAAUGUGUCUGUUAGCAAUGAACAAUUUCAAUGUUUUCAUAUAAGUAGAACCUCCAUUAUUCGAAUUAAUAGGAAGACAUAACUUAAUAUAAUAAUAUAAAAAAAUAUGA